AUGUCACGUACGAGCCGGCGGGGACCUUGGCUCCCUGAAGAAGAUGCGACUCUUUUGCACCUUGUCCGGACCCAAGGUCCAAAUAAUUGGGUCCGCAUAUCUCAACACAUGCAACAUCGGUCUCCCAAGCAAUGUCGGGAAAGAUAUCAUCAGAAUUUAAAGCCGUCUCUGAAUCAUGAACCCAUCACCUCUCACGAGGGUGAAAUGAUUGAACAACUUGUGCAGGAGAUGGGCAAGAGAUGGGCGGAAAUCGCGAGACGGCUGGGCAAUCGAAGCGACAACGCGGUAAAGAAUUGGUGGAAUGGCAGUAUGAACCGACGGAAGAGGAGCACAGUACAGCAGCCUAGCAGCUCAAAGGGAAUUGGCUUCAGAAGCCAACCUAUGCCAGCCUCAGCGUCUCCUCGUCCCUACCAUUACGAGCAUUCUCCACAUUCGAGAGAAACAUAUGGCCACGCCUACCUAUUUCCUCCACCAUUUCAGAGGCACGAAAGUAGCGGCAGCUUGCCCAUCCUCACAGGAUCGCCCUUGAGGCCAGAUUUUCCAGACGGCCCAUACGCAGGGAGACCGUUUUCUAACGAAGUUGGAUGUGCUAAAUCAUCCUCGUCUGCCCCACUAGAGCGUCUAGUCCCGGUUCCAAGAGCGCUCAGGACUCAUCACGACGGCGAUGCUCUCCCAUCACCUCUUCUGCGUGACCCUCUUCCGUCCUUGCGACGGCCAGAGGGAGCCAAUAUUCAACUACCCCCUCUCCAGUACCUAGAGCGACCGAUUUCAUCCCCUGCCGCAACUGAGGCCUCACAUACUUCUUCCAACCAACAAGCUCCAUCCUUGAUAUCAGACAACCAGUCGAACUAUUCAAUAUCUCCCAAGACUAUUCCAUCGCCUCGUCCCGGACUCCACGCCCUCAAGGCGCCCUCGUCGCAACUAUGG